CUGUCAAUAGCGCAUAGCUGCCAUUCUUUCCGUUCUGUUCUGAGCUUGGCAGAUGUGUUUCAGCAUGGGCAGUUGAAACAGCAGGACACUGCUCAAUAGUGUAACUUUUACAGAAUACUAAAUUAUUAAUUUCUGAUAUACAUAUGGGAAAUUGAUAACUAAUAUUGUUGUACGGAAUCUAAGACGGUGCCGAUUUUAGAAUUUAAUUCAUUUGUUUUGUCUUGAACGACAAGGAAAAUGCCAGUAGCAACUCUAUUGCCUUUUACAGCUACCCCGAGUAGGAAGUCUGCCAGCCCGACCUCCUUUAGAUUGACAGAGAAAUUCAUUUUGCUAUUAGUUUUUAGCGCUUUUAUUACGCUUUGUUUCGGGGCAAUUUUUUUCCUGCCGGAUUCAUCGAAGCUACUGAGCGGAGUUUUCUUCCACUCGUCUGCGGUAGAAACCAACACGCGAACAGGUACGGAUAGUGAUUCAAACGUUGCAGUUGGGACCGAAGAAAAGAUAUUAACCAAGAUUAGAAAGGACCACGAAAAGGCUUUGGUUGAAGCAAAAGACACUCUCCAGAAACGACCAGACGAGAUAAAGCAAGAUAUACAAGACGAGAAGGACAAAGUUUUGAAGGAAGGUAAAGGUGGGAAAGAUUACAAUAACCUGCCAGUCAUUGAAUAUGUUCGGCCACCCGGAGCAACAGGGCACGAGCCCUCCGAUCCGGAAACCAAAGAGAGACGAGCAAAAAUUAAAGAGAUGAUGACAUUUGCCUGGGACAGUUACAAGCGCUACGCCUGGGGAUCUAAUGAGCUGAGGCCUGUUUCCAAGCAAGGCCACUCCAGCAAUCUGUUUGGGAGCAUAAAAGGAGCCACCAUCGUGGAUGCUCUGGAUACCCUGUACAUCAUGGAGAUGUUUGAGGACUUUGACAUGGCCACAGAGUGGGUGGAGAAGAACCUGGACUUCAAUGUAAAUGCUGAGGUCUCUGUCUUUGAAGUGAACAUCCGGUUUGUCGGAGGCCUGCUCUCUGCCUAUUACCUUUCUGGCAAAGAGGUGUUCAGGAGGAAGGCCAUAGAACUGGGAGAGAAGCUGUUGCCUGCAUUCAAAACCCCCACAGGCAUCCCCUGGGCCCUCCUAAACCUGAAGAGUGGCAUCGGGAGGAACUGGCCUUGGGCAUCUGGAGGCAGCAGCAUCCUGGCGGAGUACGGCACCCUGCACCUGGAGUUCAUGCACCUCUCCAAGCUGUCAGGGAACCCAGCCUUUGCAGAGAAGGUCAUGAACAUCCGGAAGGUUCUGAAUCGUCUUGAUAAGCCCCAGGGACUGUACCCCAACUACCUGAACCCUAACAGCGGACAGUGGGGACAACAUCAUGUGUCAGUGGGCGGCCUGGGAGACAGCUUCUAUGAGUACCUCCUCAAGGCCUGGCUGAUGUCGGACAAGACAGACGAGGAGGGCAAGAAGCUCUACUACGAAGCUCUGCAGGCCAUUGAGACCAGUCUGAUGAGGAAGUCCAGCGGGGGACUGACGUACAUCGCUGAGUGGAAGGGCGGCCUGCUGGAGCACAAGAUGGGUCACCUGACGUGCUUCGCCGGGGGCAUGAUCGCCCUGGGGGCGGACGGAGCGCCCGAGGACAAGACGGGUCACCAGAUGGAGCAGGCCUCAGAGAUUGCCCGCACCUGCCACGAGUCCUACGCCCGCACCACCCUGAAGCUGGGCCCAGAGGCGUUCAGGUUUGACGGAGGCGUGGAGGCCAUCGCCACGCGGCAGAACGAGAAGUACUUCAUCCUGAGGCCAGAGGUCAUAGAGACCUACAUGUACAUGUGGAGGUUCACCCACGACCCUAAGUACAGGGAGUGGGGCUGGGAGGCCGUGCAGGCUCUGGAGAAGCACUGUCGUGUGGAGGGGGGCUACAGUGGAGUGCGGGACGUCUACGCCUCCAGCCCCAACCAUGAUGACGUCCAGCAGAGCUUCUACCUGGCCGAGACACUCAAAUACCUGUACCUGCUCUUCUCUGAUGAUGACCAUCUUCCCUUGGAGCACUGGGUGUUCAACACCGAGGCCCACCCCCUCCCUGUCAUUAGGAAGGAGAUGACAGACAAGCCCAGCCAGCUGGAGUAGAGUGGUCCUCCUGGAUCACCCCCUAACCCCUCCCACCACCAAACUCCUCUACCCCCUCCCCUUCUGAGCAGUGGGCGGAGCUGUCUCUUACUCCUCCCCCACCAUGGGUGGAGCUCACCCAGGCAGGCCGCUUCCCUGGCAGACUGGACUCUCCUGUUUUGGAGUCCCUGACCAGACCAGAUGGAACCGGACCGGCUGCCUGCCUCUCCACAGCCAGACUGCCCCCUACUGGGGACUGGGAGGAACCACCUCAUCCAAGAGUUCUCCUCUUGUCAUCUUGUAAAGAUAGUCUGCAUGCUCCCCCCUCCCAGUGCUGUAAAUCUACCCUCCUCUGUGAGGAGAACAGGACACUGCGCUGUAAGAUUUGCCGUCACUCCAAAAAAAGCCAUACUGAUUUGAAGAAAGCUUUGUCAUUUAUUUUCUUUCGUUCUUUCCACCAUUUGAGGUAUGUGUUUGUGGGUGUGACUGACAAUAGAUCAAUGUCAAUCAACAUAUCACAUUUGUGUCGUUCAUAUCGUAAGUAUGAUUUUAGUCACACUUUAACAAUGGACCAUUUAGGUGGAUUUCUGUUUAAGACCCAGAGCUUGGUUCUCACCUGCUUGAUAGUCAAAUCUUAACUAGUGCCUUUCAGUCUAAUAUGGUCUAUCAAAUAAGCAGUUCAGGCAAAUGGCAAGGUUUUUAAUUUAAACCGGUAGGUAGGUACCAUCAUUGUUCAGAUGGCAUGGUUGAUUGAGUGCUUUGUCACCUCCUCUACCACACUGACAUCUGGUGUUGAACACCAGUAAUACACCUGUCCAGUCAGAUGAGUGUAGCAGGUCCACAUAGAGUAUUAAAGGAGAUGAAAUACCUUGAUGGGAAAAGACCUGCACUGAGAACAACCUCUGUUUCUAUCUGUUCCCUUCCUCCUGAAGUAUGGAACGUGUGGACAGUAGAGUUAAUUCCUUCUACCAACAUGUCAUCAAUUCAUUCAGCCUUGUCCCCCACCCCCAUCAUCAUGUUCCUUUGUUUUUUAAUUGACAAAGUUGACAUGUGCUUUGUUUUGUUUGUUUGUUCCUUUAUUACAGGUGGUAGAGACAUUCAUCCAUGUGAUGUAAAAUAGUUGCUUUGCUGUUAAUUUAUUCCAUAGUACAUAGGAAGGAAGGUUUGGCAUCAGGCACCUUGGUUGCACUGUGGAGAGAAUGGGCCCUGUGUUGUUGUUUAGGUGGAUUAUUUGGGAGACGGGAGGGAGACAAGGGCAGAAUCAGACCAAGAAUUUGGGAGUCAAUCAUAUGUAACGAAUGCAUCGUAUGAAUGUACCAUCAAAUGUGAACUGAAGAUUAUUUUACCUUUUGUUGUUCUAAAUUUGUUUGUUGAGAUUUAUUUUUUGUUCCUUUCUUCUGGACAGCACAAAGUGCUGAAACAAUGUGUCGUGGUACCCAGAGCAAUCUAUUUAAAGAGGUGGGACAUUGAGGUUCCUGCAUUAUGAGGCAUUUACAUGACACCCCAUCAUUCUAUGGCAGCCAUGUUAGUUCCCCAUUUAUGUUACAUAGGGAAUAUUUAAAUAAUGAUAUGUAACGGAAUGUCCAGGAUAAGAGAUAUUCCUAGUUUGCCCAACUCUCUAAAAUAUAUGGCUCUGGUGGUACCAAUCAGAGGAAGCUGUUAGUCAGUUCGGAAGAAGAGGAAGCACAAAGAGGAGUUGUUUAGUUGUGUUGAAAUGCAAUGAGAAGAUGCAAGGAUGGUUGUAUGUCCACUACACUGAUGGCAUACACUCACAUAUGAACAUACAUGCUGAAUACUGUAUAAAGACAAGAUGAUAAAUACAUCGAAGUGGUCACACUGUACAUGCAUAUCGUAUUCAGAAGUACACACUACAACACACUUAUGAACAUGGAAGCUUAUGGACAUUUUCAGGUGACCACAGGACCCAUCAAACCACUCUGUUGUCUCAUCAUAAAGGCAAAGUUAAAGGGGAGCGGAUUUGUAUCAAAGUAGGUCUCGUGGUCCUGUUCUUCUGUAGUGUAAAUCUUUCACAGUCAGGGGCCACUGAUGUCCACAUACAGUACAUCUUAUUGGGAAAUAAACGGGGUAGGAUCAAGAGGUCUUGAAGAAGGGCCUUCGUCAUGGUUGAAGUCAUUUUCUUACAUUAGAGGAUAGACCAGACAAGAGGUUUGAGAAGCUGAUAUCAGCCCACUACUGGAGCCAAACUCUGCUUUCUACAGCAUUCUUUAAGACAUAAUAAUAAUACCUGUUUACCUUACUGGAGGAAGCAAUGUUAAUGAGAGAAACUGUGAUAUCCAUGUAGGCUGACAUCCCUACUACCUAGUUCAGUUCGGUAGCCAUUCCGGCUCCAGGGAAGAGCGUCACUAUACACUGUGAUACACUGUAGAUAUGAAAUUGCUGCAUUCACCAUCUCUGCACUGUCGGAGAGCCUAAGUGGUUCUCCUGACUGUUGCAGCUUUAGGGAGCAGCAGAGAUUACUCGUAGUGAUACUGAGAAACUUCAAGUCGCUGUAAAAUGCUAAAACAUGACAUAUGAACAAUUUCCUUUCAUCUUUGUUUCAGAUAUGCAGACUAGAAGACGUGCUGUUUAUUUCAAAUUGACUUUGUGGUUGAAUAUUGUGUUGAUGAUCUCUCACAUUACAAUGCCUUUUAUUUGUGAAUCUCUUGUUAAUGGUUUUGUGAAACAACCUCAAAUGUAAAUGGUACAAUAAUGCUGAUAAUCAUUCCAUUGCACAUAGUUUAUUUUGGUUUAUAUGCAAGUUUAAUUUUGUGAGGAAUUGUUCUGUUCUGUUUUUUUGUGUGUGGUUUGUCAUUGAAAUGUAAAUAUUCCAUUCUGGCAAAUAUGCCAUUAUACAUUUAUAUAAAUCUAUGAGCUUAAAUGAUAUUAAAUGAGCAGCAAAAUGUUUCAUAAACUAUAUUUGUUACACUUCUAUUGUGAAUAAAACAAUCUUUAAUAUCAA